AUGGGGCAGAUUUUGAAUUUAUUCAGACAGAAAGGAUCAAAAGUGAGUCAGCGCAAUAAGGAUUCAUCUUCUGAUUCUGGGAAUGAAGAAAUACAGCAGAUCUUGGCAAGAGACACAGAGAAGCUAAAUGGCAUCUUGGAAGAAGUUAACAUGAUGUCCAUUGAGAGACAGUCACUCAUCAAAGCAAACGAGGAGCUGAAGAACGAUAACAUGGCAUUGAAGCAGGAAAACACUGCACUGGGGCAACAAAACACCGUCUUGGAAGAGGAAAAAAGCAUCCUGGAGCAGAAAAACACUGCCCUGGAGAAGGAAAGAAAUACGCUACAUCAGGAAAACAUCACAUUAAAACAGGUAAAUACCAUCUUGGAGGAGGAAAACACCUUCUUCAAGCAGAAUAAUACGGUCCUGGAAAAAGAAAAGACUGCCAUGGAGCAGAAAUACACCACUCAAAUCAACACCUUGGAGCAGAGAAUUUCCACGUUAGAACAGGAAAACACAUCUCAGAGGGAGAGAAUUUCCACGUUAGACCAGGAAAACACCUCUCAGAGGGAGAGAUUGUCUCAUAUAUUGCGGGUAAGUACCUACCUGGAGCAAAGACGAAGGCGUUUGGAAGGGCAAAACUUUGUUUUUGAGCUUGAUAACAGACACCUGCAUCAGAGCCUCAAUUUAAGAAGAAGGCAACAUGAGCAGGAAAAAACCUCCCUGAUGCUAAAUAUCACUGCUCUGGAGGUGAAAUGCACUGCCCUGGAGCAGAAGAACGCUGCCCUGGAGGAAGAAAAGGCUGCUAUGGAGAAGGAGAAGAUUGCUCUGGAGGAAGAAAAGAACGCUCUGGAGAAGGAGAAGAUCGCUCUGGAAGAGAAAAACACCACCCUGGAGCAAAAAAGUACCGCCCUGGAGAAGAGAAUAAACUACUUGGAGCAUAAAAACAAGACCUUGGAGCUGAUAAAUGCCACCAUGGAGCAAGUGAAGAGCUCUCUGGAGAAGGAGAACACCACCUUGGAGCAGGAAAACAAUAACCUGCAGCUUGAAUUGGAACAGCUGAGGGACAGAAUAGAACAGGUGUUUUCAGACCAGCCACAGAAUCGGCCGACUUUAUUCAGAAGAGUGAUCAGAGGCUUUUCCAAUAUGCUUCUGAAAAUGUACCAAACAGGAACUCUCAGGUACUGGAUCGAAAGAUGGUACUUCUAAACUAAGAAGUGUCAUGAGGGCUCCAAGCUUCAUGCUUGAUUAUCGGUGGUCUCCAUGCUGACUUCCAGGGCUUCGUAGCGAGUCAUGUUGGUCUCCUGGCAGACCUCCAGGGCUUUGUAUUGAGUCCUGUUGGUCUCCCGGGCUGACCUCCAGGGCUUUGUAGAGAGUCGUGUCAGUCUCCCGGGCUGACCUCCAGGGCUUCGUAGCAAGUCCCAUUGGUCUC